UACGGUUCGGCGGGUUCGGGCACUUCGCCUUCGGGCCCGCUCGUUGGCAGACAGGCAGGAACGAGGCUCAAGUGUCACGUGUCGUCGCGAAUGUGACUGUACCGCCCGCACCGGACUGUCACCCUUGAAAAAACGUACGUAUACACUGUAAAUUGACAAUCAACUCAUCCUCUGCACAGUGACCAUGGGCUUGCAGGAUACAGUGUACACGGUGGUCACUACGCCGCUUAAUGUAAUUUACAAAACGAGCGCGGGGACCGUCUCGUACGCCUGGAACGCGGCUACGGCGGCAACCAACUAUCUGGGAGUGAAGCCGAAAGUUGAGGUGAAAAUGGCCACGCCGGUACCCCUUUGGAAAUUGGCCGCCGCCAGCGGUCCAUACGUGAGACUCGCGGCUCUCAGCGGCGCAGCGGCUGUGAUCCUCGGCGCCGUCGGAUCCCACCGGCAUUACCCCAAGGACGAGGUGGGGCAGGAGCAACGCCGCAUCUUCGAAACGGCGAAUCGAUAUCAUUUUAUACAUACUUUGGCACUGCUCGGAUUACCGAUGUGCAGAGUCCCAACCGUGGCCGCUACAUUCAUAUUGUCUGGAAUCAUAUUGUUUUGCGGCAGUUGUUACUACACUGCAUUCACCAAUAACAGAAAGUUCAGUGCAACGACGCCGAUUGGAGGAUUUUGUUUUAUAUUAGCGUGGUGCAGCAUGUUCUUGUAAAUAUCGUUGUAAAAAUAAGAGUUUUCGUACUUGGAAAACAAAUGAGAAGAGAUAAGUCCAACGGCACAAGAAAAAGGAGGCAAUAUAUGAUAGCGUUAAGAGAAGUGUGGAUUAAAAAAUUUUUACAAGAGAAAAGGAAAAAGAAACGUCUAAAAGACGCAAAUAAGAUUUUCAAAUGUGAAUAUCAAUGGAUGUACUCGGUAAUUAUAAUCGAUUUUAUUUCUCAGAAGGUACCGGAGGUAAAAGUAAAUAAAAAAUAUAAUUUUACGAU